UAUACAAAAUAAAUUAAAAAUGGGUGAUAUUGAGGGCUUAUUUGGAUCAAAUCUCAAGCUUCCGUUUUUUUAUGUAUUUCAUUACUUGUAUGCUUCGGCUCGUUUUGUAGCGCCUUACGAAUAGCUUACUCUUACUUAGCUUACUAAUGAAUACCGGGACACGGAUUUGGGGCGCAUCUAGAAAAGCCCAAGCAGCUCCCGCAUUCGGCAGUCAAUUGCAAAUACACCGACAUGGCGGAGCCAAUAUGUGGGCUUUGGAGGCCUUCGACCAGGGACAAAAAGAGCAAUUGGAGCAUAAACAACGAGUGGAUGAUGUUCAGGCCGGCGCCAGAGGCACACUUUUGUCGAAGUGUAUCUGCUAUGCAAACAUUGUGAACCUCUGCCUGGUGCUCCUCGAUGGGGCGCUGUACGUGCCCCAUGUCCCAGCCAAGGGUGUACACAUUAUCAAACAUUGACUUCGUACUGGCCGGCAUGCUUAAGUUGUUGUUUGUGCGGCACAAGAAACCAAAGCUCAGACAUUUCAUGCACGAACUGGAGCAGUUGUUCGUCAGACGUCACAUCAACAUGCCGCCAUACAAGAUGCGAAAGAUCCGUGAAGAGAAACAUAUGGUUCCCUGCAUAAAUUUGAAGGCCUGCAACGAAUCCGAACAGCUGAUUACCACCACGAGGACUACUUAUCGCAGUUUCGUUAGUGCUCAGGACGAAAGUCGGAAGGCGCGCAAAAUGCCGCAAACAAAAAUCGAUAGCUUUAUGAAGUAUGCCAACUUCUUUUACAAAUGCGUGGGCAUCGAGCCAUACAGAAAAAUUUCGCGUCCCGCCGAGUACAGUGCGUGGCUCAACAUCGUCUACUGGGCGAACAUCAUCAAUUUGCUUUUGAUAAUGCUGGCUGAGAUAGUCUAUGUUCUGAUUGCUUUCGCCACGGGCGAGCACAUCGUUGAGGCCAUCAUGACCAUGUCCUAUAUUGGUUUCGUCAUUGUGGGCAUUGCCAAGAUGUUGGUUGUGUGGUGGAAAAAGUCAGCGCUGAGUGAAUUCAUGCACGUACUGGAGCAGCUUUAUCCUAGUACUGUGGCGGAGCAGCAAGAUUAUAGAUUACAAAGGUAUCAGAGUUUCUGUGCAUGGGUUAGUAUUGGAUUUGCCACGCUCUACAGUGUCCUCAUUUGGACAUACAAUCUUUUUGGUAUUAUGCAAUAUUUGUUAUACGAGCGCUUGCUGCAAACGCGAGUGGUGGACCAGACGCUGCCCUACUUCAUGUACAUACCCUGGGAAAAUUAUGAUAAUUGGUCAUACUACCUGCUGUUCUUUAUGCAAAACUUUGCUGGUUAUACAUCGGCUGCAGGACAAAUCUCUACUGAUCUGCUGCUCUGCGCAGUGGCCUCACAACUCAUCAUGCACUAUGAUUAUCUGGCGAGACAAAUUGAGCAAAAGAAGCUCAAAGGUUGUUGGCAACAGAACUCGGAAUUUUUGAUCCACACCGUGCGCUAUCACGAGCGCUUGCUCUCCCUUUCUGCAAGAAUCAAUCAUAUUUUUGGAGUACCUCUACUACUGAACUUUUUGGUUUCUUCAUUUGUCAUUUGCUUUGUGGGCUUUCAAAUGACUGUGGGUGUGUCAUUGGAUACAAUGAUCAAGUUGACACUUUUCUUGGUAUCCUCUAUGUGCCAGGUUUAUUUGAUUUGUCAUUAUGGCCAAUUGGUUGAGGACGCGAGCUUCGGCAUCUCGAAAGCGGUUUAUAAGCAGCAAUGGCUAGACGCGGAUGUUCGAUAUAAAAAAUCGAUUGCUCUGAUAAUAAAACGCGCUCAAAAGCCUGCCUUCCUGAAGGCCACGGUAUUUAUGCAAAUCAAUAGAGGCUCCAUGACCGAUCUCUUGCAACUAUCAUAUAAGUUUUUUGCCCUUUUACGCACAAUGUACAACAAAUAG